AUGGAAAAGCAUGAAAAGAGAAAACAGGAAGAGGCUGUACUCUCCAACGGGAAGCGACAGCGGGACCAAGAGCUGUUGGUGCAUGGCAGCACUGUCCUCCCAGACGGGCCCCCGGUGGACUUCAAAACACGUCUUGCAGAACCGUUGGGCGACGCGAUGAUGGUCGUCGGUGGUGCUGCCCCUAACCAAGUGCGCCGCUUAACGGUAGCGAGAGUUCUUUCGGGUGCCUUCAAAGCUGGCGUGAUGAUGGACCUGUCAAAGAUCGAGUCGUGUCCGAUGCUGUUACCUUCCUACUUUCCAAGGCCGACGCCCAUCCAGUCCGAGGCCAUCUCGAACGACGACAUGCAGCUCACCGUCUUUGACGUCGUCAACUUCGUGUUACGUCAAUUUUCUGACUAUACUUUGGGCAGUACGCUAUUCUGCCAAACCCCCUGA